GAAAGUGAAAAUGUUCUGCUCUUAGCUUCAUCAUGCAUCCUUUUUUAAUUAUUCAACUUCCGAUGCUAUUUAUUCUAUUCUGGUCGGAGUUUGGCUCUGCAGUUGUGGAUGGGGAGAGAUGGGAGUCUCUUGUGUUUGUUCUGGCCGAUAGAGAGGGAAACGAAUUAGGCAGAAAAUGCGCAUCCCUCGGCGUUCGAUUCUGUCUUUACGGCUAUCUAAUUGACAACGAACAUCAAAAUCAAAAUGAAGCUGGUCCUAGUAAUACUCAUCACAACGAACACUUAAGUGGUGUUCUGCACAGUUCUGGCAGCGGUGUUCCACACGUGAACAGGAGAGGCCCACGGUAUAGUUGGGAUGAGAGACUGGAACAGGUGAUGGAGUUGGUGAUCCGGAAAGAUUUCGCCAGUUUGAACUGGUUUUCUCUGGAUGACAGUGAGCUGGGUCGCUGCUGCGGCUUCCAAAUGCGUCUGUUGAGAGAAGAGGGGGUUGAGAAGGGAGAAAUGUCGCCCCCCGAAUAUUUGGGAAAAGUACACGAUUUCCACUCCCAGGGCAAACACCUCAACUACAUAAGUGUUCGAUUUGAUCCAUGCCGAGGAAAUAUCAUCACAUCUGUUGGGUUUGGUGCCGGUCAGAUCAAAUAUAUCUCGGAAUCAUAUGCAGUCAACAGAAACCUCAACAAGUCUAUCGUAGUGAAAAAGAAGGAAAAGCAAUAUCGAAAAGCAAUAUCGGCAAUCCGGAAAAUUGUUAUUCACGAUGCUGAAAACUUUGGACUCGUACCUUUGAUUGAAGCCAAAUCUGGUAAAGAAUCGACUAUGGAUUCUCGACAUCUCGACAUCUGUAGUAGAUUAGUAGCUGUAGGAGAGCAGCUCGACAUCUGUAGUAGAUUAUAUGAAAUAGCAACAUACAACAUGAGGAGGGUGCAUGUCACAAUCAAGAAGUACAUUGUGCACAAGCCAACCUACAUUCAGAUUGGACUCUUCACUGCAAAAGAGAUUGAAGCCAUAAAACAAGUUGUCUAUAACCACUAUACUUUGAACGAAUACAAGGAACUGUCUUAA